AUGUCUCCUCCUGAUUCCAAGUCUAAUGAGCUAUUAGUGAAGCUAGACAAAGCACAACAGAGAAGAAAGAAGAGAGAUGCUGAGAUCGCAACAGCGCAAGCAGCGUUAGGAAAAAUUCAGAUUCCAUCAACUUCCAGAUCUUCAGUCCAUGUAAAGGCAAAUACACAUGUAAAUGUCCAGCAUGAUUUGAAGGAUGUCAAGCUUUGGCAGGUUCACACUCUUUUGAAAGGCUUGGAAAAGAUAGCUGCCAGUGCAGACAUCCCAAUGUUGGUGUGUGGGGAUUUUAACGCAGUUCCUGGAAGUGCUCCUCAUGCACUUCUUGCAUUGGGGAAAGUUGAUCCAAUGAAUACAGAUUUAGCAGUAGACCCUCUUGGAAUUCUGCGGCCCUCCAGCAAACUAGUGCAUCAGUUGCCAUUGGUAAGUGCAUACUCGUCCUUUGCCAGAAUUGGUGUGGGCCUGAGUCUAGAGCAACAGAGGAGGAGAAUGGACCCUGCUACAAAUGAACCUUUAUUCACAAAUUGCACCAGAGAUUUUAUUGGUACACAUGAUUACAUAUUCUACUCAGCUUUGUUGACGGAUGGUGGAGAGAUGAAGAAAAGGAAGAAGUUGGAUAACAGAGAGAGUUCUUGCAAUGAGAAAAUCUUCAUGGACAAAGAUGCUAAGAAGAGAAUUGGGAUCCUCUGUUUGAUGUGA